AUGGUAAAGCUCCCUGCAAUCCUUCUUACAGUCUCAAUUAUAGGACUUCUCUCAAGCCAGCAUUCCAAAUUCCCUCUAUUCUACAACAACCCAAUUUCAACACUUCUCGUCCCAAGCUUUGUCAUGAUUAUCAUCCUUAUCAUUACCAGAGUCAAAGAAAAUAAACCAAAAAUUCGUGUAGCCAAUCCUAUUCCUAGUCACCAAUAUGAAGAGCAAGGCAGACAAUAUACCGAAUCUAAAUUAAAAGAACUUAUCGAAAGCCCUGAAUAUAAACGACUGGCUGAAGAAAAGAAAUUGCCAACACCAAUACGAUUAAAGGUGUUUUCCCUAUAUAGCCCGAUAAGGGCCGUGGUUCUCCGUGGAAUCCUUCUGCUGUUGAAACAACCAGUAAAUUGGUCAAGCUAACGCACUGAGUUGGUUUGACCAAUAGGGGGAUUCCACGGAUAACCCACAGUCCUUAUCGGGUUAUAUAUAGGGAAAACCCUAUAAAUUUUUACAGGUUCUAAUGUAAGAUAA